AUGGCCGAGCCUCAGGUGCUUGACGCGGCCGAGCAGGCGAACCACCAGCAGCAGCAGCAGCAGCAGCAGCAGCUCCUCCACCACCACCACCACCACCACCACCACCGCGACGUCGUCCGCGGUCCCGCCCGCCUGCCGCCGCACGGCCUGCUGCUGCCGCCACCGCCGCACGGCCUGCCGCUGCUGCCGCCUUCGCCGCUCGGUCCGGCCGCCGCCGGGCGCCCGCCGCCCAAGGGCGGCCCGACUUCCGAGCAGGGCCUGCGCUGGGUGCGCCUCAACGUGGGGGGGACCUACUUCGUCACCACCAAGCAGACUUUGUGCAGGGAUCCCAAGUCGUUCCUGUUCCGACUGUGCCAGGACCACCCGGACCUGGACUCCGACAAAGACAGCACGGGGGCCUUUUUGAUUGACAGGGACCCCACCUACUUUGGGCCCGUCCUGAACUAUCUCCGUCAUGGAAAGCUCAUCAUGGACAAGAACCUGGCAGAGGAAGGCGUCCUGGAAGAGGCCGAGUUCUACAACAUCGCCUCCUUGGUGCGUUUGGUCAAGGAGCGCAUACGGGACAACGAGAACCGCACGUCGCAGGGCCCCGUCAAGCACGUCUACCGCGUCCUGCAGUGCCAGGAGGAGGAGCUGACGCAGAUGGUCUCCACCAUGUCGGACGGAUGGAAGUUUGAACAGCUGAUCAGCAUCGGCUCGUCGUACAAUUACGGCAACGAGGACCAGGCGGAGUUUCUGUGCGUGGUCUCGCGGGAACUCAACAACGCGGCCAAUGGCAUUGUCAUCGAGCCCAGCCAGAAAGCCAAGAUCCUGCAGGAACGAGGCUCGCGCAUGUGAGGACGCCAUCGGCGCUCUGCCCGCAACACCUCUGCGGUCUCCUCCUCUGUCUGUCCCAUUGGAUCUGAUGGGAUGUUACUUCAUGUCCCGUUAGAAGGGAAUCCCGACCCCUCCCCGACAACCCCCCCCCAAGGUGCUUCCAAGGUGACAAAGGGCGGUGGCGGGUCUCGUCGCAUCUUCGCUGGAAGUGACUCGAUUUCCCGUCUUUGUGUCACACGUGCACGUUGGCAUAUCAUGAAAUAUCAGACCGGCCUCACCCGUCCGUCACCUGCUCACCUGACGGGAAGUGACGAAGCGGCGGUGCAAACCAAAACUCUGUUGAUGUGAUUUGUCUGCAUUUGUGAGAUGAGCCCCAAACGUAUGCUAGCGGCUAUACGCUGGCCAUUUGGUGAGGGGCAUGAGCAUGCUACGUUGCUAACGAGCGGCGAGUCUUGUGAGCGUGACGGCAACAAGUUUGCAUGGGCGCAUUUGCCAAACGCGGGCGUCACGCUAACCCGGCGACACGCUAUCGAGCUCGCUAAGCAUGUUAGCGCGUGCCAGACCCCGCGGGGCAGCAUGACUGCUCGGCCGGCCGGAGGAAGGAAGGAAGGAAGGAAGGAAGGAAGGGAAAAUAUGUGACGUUUGCGACAGUAUAGCUCAAGUCUACUCGUGGCUCGUUUCCAUACCAUUUCUUUCAUCCGGCUAAAGACGCGGACGUUCCCAUCCUUGUUUCUGCGUCUGCGGAGUCGUCCAUGUGUCAAAACUGUCAGUGUCGUUUAUCUACGAGGACACGAGAGGGCGUCUCGGAGGAGGGCCGGGCCGGGCCAGCCGCACACGACCACUUCGGGGGUGGGAUGCGUUGACGCGGCGUGUCGACGCCUGCCAGUCUGCACGCGCGCUCUUGUCCCUUGUGUCUUCUUUCGUAUUUUGUCUGUCGUUGUCGUGCAACUCUUGUUUCUUGCCAUAAACUUUGUCUUUGCAAACCCAA